UAGGGUGGGCGAACAACAAUCGACCACACACUUACUCACUUAACUCAAUAUACGAGACAGAAUGUACUAGAAGCGAACACUGAGUUAGUAUUAAUAAACGCUCCUUGGCGAUCGCAUCUGUAUCGUAUAAAACUGUUUGGACGGAUCGGAGAAAAUAAAGUGUUUCGCAAGAUGGAUAAAAAACUAUUAAUAUUUGUAUUUACAAUGUGCAUAUUCAUUUGUAUUGAGUGUAAAAAGAUUUCAAGCGGUCGAAGUUCGAGUCGAGGAUCAAGUAAGAGAACUAGCUACAAGCCUCAACCAGCCCCAACAUCUUUUAGUUAUCCUCAGUCGGCAGCGCAUAAGCCGUCAUUGUCUGGAUGGCAGGAAAAACCAGCUACAAAUACUCAAAGCUUUUCUUCGUGGCAAUCCAAAUCAUCUGGUCAAAGUCAAGGUCAUUCCUAUCCUUCUAGUCAAACAGGACUGUCAGGGAACAGCCAGCCAAAACAACCACCCAAGUAUCAAGAAACUGUUCAAAGAAAUAAUGCUCCUCAGUAUUCGAACUCCCAACAAACAAGAACAAAUAAUCAGCAGAGUCAUUCGUACCCAUCGUCCAAUUCCGGUCUUUCCGGUAGUUCUGGUACUGGUAACUCACCGCAAACAGGAAGUGGAAUGACACAACAGGCAAAAAGUAACUAUCCACAACAACAAGGCGGAAGCUAUCCUCAACCAAAUAACGGUUUAUCAGGUUCAGGAGUCGGAGUACCUUAUCAUCAAGGACAAUCCCAAUAUACUAAUAACGGAAACCAAUACUACCAUCCACAAGGACCUCCACCGCCAUAUAGUGCUGGGAACAAUUUCGGAGGAUAUGGAAAUUAUAAUCCAGGAUACGCGUCACAAAUGCCUGGAUUCUUUGGAAACCUUGCGAAUAAUGGUAAAGGGUUUGGUGGGGUUAGUCGCACAGGAAGUGCGCUUACAGGUGUUGGGAUUGCAGGAGCUGGGGUAGGAACUCUUCUUACUGGAUUAGCACUCUGGAACUUGGCUCGAUCUACUGGAAAUCGCCAUCACACCGUUAUUUAUGAUAACAGAGGACAACCGGUUGCAGUUGCGCCUGCAAAUGAUUCUUCCCCAGCGAAUGACUCAUUUUUAUCUGAUUUAGUUAAUUGUACUUUAACUAUUAGCGGCGAAAAAGCUACAGAAGUACUUGCAAUUCCGUGUGCAAUUGCAACAUCAUUUUCUCCUGAUGCUAAUACCAAAGAUAUAAAUUCGAACAACAAUGGACAAGACGGUACGAAAUGUAUCGUAACUGUUAUAACAAAGACAGCAAAGGAGUAUAUGACGACUAUCCCAUGUUCCGUAUUGUUAAAUACGGCAGCAGAAAAUAAUGUUACUGAGCCACCUAUAGUCGAAAACGAGAAAGUCGAGAUUGAUACUAUAAACAGCACCACAAGCCCUUUUUCAGAUGACCCAAACCAAGCUGUAGCUCUAAAACUAACUACUGAAGGAAACUAUGGAGGUAUCAGCCAGAAUAACCUUAACUGUACACUAGAGCACGGUUCUAUUCGAGAUCCAAUCAAUCCGUGUUUUGCUGUUAAUCAGAAUCUCACAGUUAUUCCAAUUUCUACUACCUUGGCCACCGAUGUAGUCAAGUAAAAUUUGUUACAAAUGGAAUACUUUGUCGAUUGUCUCUGUUCUAACAAUUUAAUUUUAUUAUUAUUCGCAAUAAAUAAUGUUUCAUUUAAA